CAGGCCUUCUCCUCUUGCUCUUUGCUUUUCGAUCAAAUAUAUUAUACAUAGCCUUCGCCUUGCACGCAAUUGAACUGUUCGGGGUAUUGGCAGAGCCGGGCAGUAUAUUGUCGUUGUUUCUCUUCUCUGGCUGUAACGGGCGGUUGGGCUAAAAGUUGAAAUGAUUGGCGAGGAGAACUUAAGGACGGCGGACUUGAACUUAUGCUUUGAGCAACUUAUGAUGGUUGCAGGCGGUGGUAACGGUGGAAACAAUACUGGAGGAGUGAAAAUGGAGGCCGGGGUGAUCACCGAAUGGAAGGAUAUUCCGGUGGAGCUUUUGAUGCAGAUUCUGUCCCUUACUGAUAAUCAGACUGUGAUCGCAGCUUCUGGAGUCUGCCGUGGAUGGAGAGAUGCUAUAUGCUUCGCCCUUACCCGCUUGUCACUCUCAUGGUGUAGCAAGAACAUGAAUGACUUGGUCCUAUCGCUCGUGCCUAAAUUUAUAAAACUACAAGUUCUAAUCCUCCGUCAAGACAAACCUCAGCUAGAGGAUAAUGCUGUUGAGACUAUCUCAAAUUGCUGUCCCGAUCUGCAGAUGCUGGACCUCAGCAAAAGUUUCAGGCUUACUGAUCGGUCUCUGUACGCCUUAGCCCGUGGAUGUCCUGAUCUUACAAAUCUGAACAUCAGUGGAUGCUCGGCAUUUAGUGAUGUUGCUCUGGCAUACCUAGCCAGUUUCUGCAGAAAAUUGAAAUGUUUAAAUCUUUGUGGAUGUGUUAGAGCAGCAUCAGACGCAGCAUUGCAGGCUAUAGGACAUUAUUGCAACCAAUUACAAUCCUUGAACCUUGGAUGGUGUGAAAAUGUUGGUGAUGAUGGAGUGACAAGUUUAGCGGCUGGUUGCCCUGAUCUUAGAACACUUGACUUGUGUGGUUGUGUCCGUAUAACAGAUGAGAGUGUGAUUGCUUUGGCAAACGGGUGUCCCCAUCUGAGGUCCCUUGGGCUGUACUACUGUCAAAACAUCACAGAUAGAGCAAUGUAUUCAUUGGCCCAUGGCAAAGUGAGUAAUAGGAUAUGGAGAUCUGUGAAAGGAAUUAAUGAAGAGGAUGGGCUAAGAACUCUCAACAUUAGCCAGUGUACAGCGCUUACACCCUCUGCUGUUCAAGCCGUGUGUGAUUCGUUCCCAGCUCUUCACACCUGCUCCGGCAGGCAUUCACUCAUCAUGAGUGGCUGUUUGAACCUCACUUCUGUGCAUUGUGCUUGUGCUGUCCAUUCACAUCGAGCAUUCACCUCCCUUCCAUAUCAAGCUCAUUGAGCAGAGCUCCAUGGGCUAUACUUGGAUGUUCCAGGAAGUGCGCUUCCACGGCUCAGAGAAGUGAACAUUCCUCUUUUUGUAUAUAUUUGUGUGGAACUUUAUAAAAUGUGAGAGACUUCGGCCGCAAAUUAGCAGCCUUAUGUUGUUGGAACCUGCAGACUAUGUAGAACAACUUGAACUUUGUAUCUGAGUAGUUUUAGUUUCCAAGAUAUCGUGGAAAGCGUCUGACAUUUUGACUGCAAGAGCUGGGGUGUUCCAAAUUGGUUGAGAGACGGUCUUUCAUGCGCUGUUACGCUUUUAACUGAAAGGUUUAUUUCCUGUAAGUUUCUGUCCACCUGCCUAUUAGCAAAAUGAGCUUAUUAUUAUUGUUGUUAUU